AUGCUCACCCUGAUUAUUGGGCUUGAUCAGAAAUCAUCAACGGCGAUAUCAACAUGUAACUUGUAUGGCACAGGGGGAGCAGCUGCAACUAUCUUCUACAAUUUAAGGCAAAGGCAUCCGUCAAUAGAGUUGCCCCUCAUCGAUUAUGAUCUUGCACUUCUAUUUCAACCAAUGCUGGUGGUGGGGAUUAGCAAUGGAGUUUAA